AUGAAAUGGAUCCAAUGUCUCUUCAAGGAAAACAGAAUAGAUAUAGUAAACUUCCUCACAUGGUUCACCCUCAUAGCUGACAAGAAAAUAAAUAAGAUCAACACUCUCGUCCUUCAAGGACCUACGGGCACCGGAAAAUCACUGACACUAAAUGCACUUAUUGGCCAACUGAACACAGGCAUUGUCACAAGAACAGGAGAUGCGAACCAAUUCCACCUACAAAACCUUCUUGGAAAAUCAUACGGACUGUUCGAAGAACCCAGAAUCAGUCAAAUAACAAUUGAUGACUUCAAGUUACUCUUUGUGGGAGCAUGCUUUGAGAUAAAUGUAGAACACCAAGAACCAGAAAUGUUAACAAGAAUAACUAUCUUUGUCUCAACAAAGAUAUCAACUACUGGGUACCACCAUCAGGCGGUAAUGCCCUCUACACAACGACAAAAACAUUCCUCCUCCGGAAACCUAUAA